GCCCGCGGCGCGGCGUGUGCACCGAACGAGUGAAGGUAUGUUUGGCGGGCGCGGCUGGAGCUCCCGCCGCCGCCGCGCCAGCAGGUCCUAAUGCCUGUCACUUCCCAGGACGCUGGCAGCAGCAGCCCGGAGCCCCCGAGCCCUCGGCAGGUUUGCCUGUCCUUCCCCGCGAUCUGAUUGGAUAAAGUGGGGGCUCGACGGUGGCCGACGUGGGACAGUCUGGCUGUGGCAGGGGUCUCGGAAACCAUGGGUUAUUGCAGUGGCAGGUGCACGCUUAUCUUUAUCUGUGGCAUGCAACUGGUUUGUGUGCUGGAGAGGCAAAUAUUUGACUUCCUUGGAUAUCAGUGGGCACCUAUCCUGGCAAAUUUUGUACAUAUUAUUAUCGUCAUUCUUGGUUUAUUUGGGACUAUUCAAUAUAGACCUCGUUACAUAACAGGAUAUGCUGUCUGGCUAGUCCUCUGGGUUACCUGGAAUGUGUUUGUUAUCUGCUUCUAUUUGGAGGCUGGGGACCUCUCAAAGGAAACAGACCUUAUCCUGACAUUUAAUAUUUCAAUGCACCGAUCUUGGUGGAUGGAGAAUGGACCAGGAUGUACGGUGACAUCAGUGACACCUGCACCAGACUGGGCCCCAGAAGACCAUCGCUACAUCACGGUCUCAGGGUGUUUUCUGGAGUACCAGUACAUAGAAGUGGCUCACAGUUCCCUCCAGAUUGUCCUCGCACUGGCAGGGUUCAUCUACGCCUGUUAUGUUGUGAAAUGUAUAACUGAAGAAGAGGACAGCUUUGAUUUCAUAGGUGGCUUUGAUUCUUAUGGCUAUCAAGGGCCUCAGAAGACAUCUCAUUUACAACUGCAGCCUAUGUACAUGCAAAUUCCCUUGGAUAACAACUGAUAACAAAUUCUAUAUAUCAGCAUCAAGUGAUAUGCUGAAUUGCAAGCGAAGAUCAAAAUAGAAAGUCGAAAUAAUACAGAUGGCCUCAGUAUGUCAGCUCCUGGACCUUUCAAAGAACUUGUUUUGCAGUGGCCUCCUGCAUUUUAUGAAGAGCGAGAAGCAACUGAGUUUAAAUAUAUAUACCUAUUAACAGAACAAACAUAAAGCCUCUACAUACACUGAGACACACACACACACACACACACGCACGCACGCACAUGCACACACACACACACACACACACACACACACACUCACACACAGAGGCACAUACCGAUUCCUCUUGGCCUCCACUUUCUAACUGAAACAAACAUGCAGGACACUCCCAUCUUGGAUUUCCUGAAAGUAGGCUUCUUUCUCCCAGGCCUUUGGAAAGUUCAUAAGGAGACGUGUUGGUGCCCUCUGCUGGCCGUCACUAACUACUCUGCAGCCCAGCGGGUCGGCCUCUGUGAGCUGCGAAGUCAUCCAGGGCACAUUAGUUUGACAGCCCUGUCUUCUGCACUCCAUAUGUCUUGAUAGCACCACGGCUAUGUAGGCAAUGUAAUUGCAAAAACAGACAAAACAUGCCAUGAUGACCUUGUAACCGAAGUCCGAAAUGGCAGGUUGUUUGCCCUAAAGGCUAUACCGUACAUACUUGCCUUAACCCACCUAAGUUGUGCACCGAGUCUCAGUGCAGACCUCCCCAAGUCACUUCCUUUAGGCUAACACACUGCUAUUAAUUCCGAAUGAGUUCGAGUCUGUGUGUUUCAUGUCAAGAAACAGGACUGCAUAGCUCAGCAGCUCAGUGUGUCUGUGUACAAAAACUGCCAGCUGUCAGCAAAGUGCUUUACCAUUGAAUCUCCAUGGUGGCCAAAAACAGACAAGUGACAAUAACAACAACAAUAAUUGUGUUCUUUAUAAUUCUUAAAUAUGGUCUUCUGAAGGGGUUGGGUGGGACAAAGUAAAAUUUAUUAAUCUACUAAACUCAUUAAUCUACUGGAAGCAGAGAGCAGAAAUGGCUUAACUCACUGAUUUUAUUUACUGCACUCUAGGUGCUUUUAUAAGUAUCUACAAAUGUCUUUUACUAACACAGAAAAAGCUGUGGAUUUCUAUCAACAGAGGCCAACUGAAUAUGUAUUAGCUAUGUUUACUCUUUUAUAUCUAAUUCAAAUUGAAGACCCUACGUAGGUGAACUUUUUUUCCUAACUUCAGCGUACGAGAUUAUUUUUUGGGUGGGCGGGGGGAGCAAUAGUUACCUUGGUGAAAUAUUUGAGAUCUCUUUGUGGUAUUUGGGGGAUCUGUUGUGUGUUAGAGUGUAUUUUAAUCCUCCUGUAUUAUUGUGGCAGAAAAACUGUGCUGUUAACGUAGUUGGCAACAAGAUGCCUUUGGAAACUUAAUAGUAGGUCAAUGUGUUUAUGGAAUAUUUUGAAUUCCUAGGAAAUUUUGUUCUAUAUACUCAAGCAUUAUUUGGUUUUCAUUAGUGGGAAACAUAAUUAGCUCAGGCUUGUCAGGAACUCCGAAGAGUCAUGUUUUUUCUUGGAUCCACCUGAGACACUAAAAUCAAUUUUUUUAAACGAAUACAACAUCCUUCAAUGCAGUGAAAUUGAGACUUGAAAAGUUACAAAUUGGCAUGGAGCAAUGUUCUCUCUCUUGGUUUCUAUGUAGUUUCAGUUACUGGGUUAACCUACUUUGGACCUUAGCCCAUCCAGAUCUACAUAAACCAGACCCAUUACUGUGUUUGCAUGGAUGUCUGUGAAAUACACACAUAUACAUUUGAAAACGAUAAAGAAACAAAGCUCAUACUGGAACAUAAACUAAAAAAAAAAAGGUUCCAGCACUUGUGCUUGAAUUUUCUCAGUGGCUGUAUAUGUUUGUCCAUACAUACAUGUAUAAAAUAAAUCAUUGCAAACAUGUCGGUGAAACCUCAUACGACUUUAUAGUGACAUGCAUGUUUAAUGUAUGAGAAAAAUAUUUACCAAUGUAUUGUCCUCUGAUUCUUAAAAUAUAAAUAUUAUACAUGCCAGAAACUAUUCUAAUGUGACUAUUAAUGUGACUAUUAAAAUGAGGUUUCACUGUACAUUCAUGCUGCGAUGAAAUUCCACCUCACAGGACAUGUAUAUGGAUAGAGAUUUAAGUGCACAGAGAACAAGCCCUCAUAUUCCUGCUCUAAGUUGCAGCCAAGCUACCACCUAAUCACUACUAUCAUCACCACGCAAUUUUUCAAAAACAGUUGUUGACUACUAAAGAG